AUUUUAAGCUGAAAAAUAUUUAUGCUGGCAGAACUGAUUGUUCAUACAUUGACAUUGACAGAUGCACUGCUGACUGAUUCUGAUCAAUAUGAUAAUGGGAGACAUAUUUUUCUUUGUUUAUUAUGAUCGUUCUAAUUACAGUUAAAUAAGAUAUUUUCCGAGAAAUUUCUUUCUAAAAUACAAGCAAUUUUAGAUUAUCAUAAGAUCCGUUUUCAAUAAUGUUUCGACAUCUUUUAAUAAUGUCAGGACUAAGCUCCAGCUGUUCAAGAGAUUGUUCAGGUAGAGGAGAAUGUUACAAUGGUACUUGUAUGUGCGACAUAAGAUUUACUGGAGAUCUGUGUGAUGGACCUAAUUUACCAUACCACACUGGUAUAGGGAGUGUAUUUUUUUUCAUAAGUCUGGUGUGUGCUAUUCAACUAAUAACAUGCAUCCUGUCCGAAUAUAUGAGAUUGAAAGCACCAAGUGUUUUAAAAGCUUGCAGAGUGACGACCCAGAAAUUAAUCUAUUUUGUCAUAUUUUUGGCAAGCUUGAUAAGGGGAGCCUAUUUUAUAUUUCCUGAAUUGUUUGAAUAUGGUUGGUCGAACAGUUUGUUAUCAUCAUACUAUCCUCUAUUGAUGUCGAGUGCUUCACUAAUUGUGUGCUUUUGGGCAGAGGUAUUCCAUCUUCCUGGAAUCCGUUGGGAUCGCCCGCAGUUUCUUUCAAAGUCAUUUCUUGCCUUUGUUACUUUCAAUAUAAUCAGUUACAGUCUUUUAUUUGCCGAAUUUGUGACAACUCAACUUGCCGAACCCCCUACAGAUGAUCCUGGAUUUUAUCAUCAUCUAUUUAAUGGUUGCUACGCUGUGCUAAUGUUCAUUGUAGUUAUUUUCUUCCUUAUUUAUGGGGUCGAAGUUUAUUUUAAAGUUCGCGGAGGUUUCGUUGCAAAACCUUUACAGCUUGCCAGCAAUUCUUUAGAAACCGAACCUUUGAAGGAUGAAGCGUUUGUAAAAACGCAGAUUAAUUUAUCCCAAUUACAUCAAUCACGAAUUGGGUUACUGAGCCAAGCGUUAAUGUUGAUUGUCAUAUCCGGAUUCCUAUUCUCGGAAACCCUAUCGGAAUUUUGGAAAACUAAAGUACCGAUAAAUUCAAGAAAUUUGCAUAACGUUGUAUUUCGCGUAGUCGAAAUUGGCGUCGCCAUAUGGUUUCCGGCAGUUUUGUGGAAUUGCAUGCAACCAUCGGAAUUAUGGAUACUAAAUCCGCGGAAACUGCUGGCAAGUAAACUCGAUCAGACGAAAAAUGACAACGUUUUAGAACAGAACGUAAAAUCCGAAGUAGACGAUGAAGCGUUUUUGGAUAGAAGAGAAUGUUGGAUAUGUUAUGACGCCGAUAAACAGGAACCGCUUAUACAACCUUGCGAUUGCACCGGAGAUGUUUCUAGCGUCCAUCACGAAUGUCUCAGAAGAUGGUUAAUGGAGAGUUCUUCGUCUAGUAACGAACCUUUAAAAUGCAAAGUUUGUAAAUACGAGUACGACAUCUGUAAAAGCAGCGAAGUAAAAUGGGAUAAAGGUUUUACGGCUCAACAUUGGGGUAGUACCGUUUGUAUUGUAACAUGUAUGUGCCUUGCUGUGGCCGGCGCUUGGAUAAGUAUCCAGUUAUAUGCUAAUCCAUACAUCAGAAUGGUGAGUGCAAGUCUUGCACUGAUGGUAAUUUAUGUGUGUAUCAGGUUUUUGGGCCAGAACACAUUAAGUGCAUACCAGCGUGCCAAAGUUGCUGCCCUGAGCAUCGGAAAUCAUGUCACUACCAUCAGUGGUAAUGUUAAUCAUGAUUCGGAGGAACCGCAACAGGCACAAGCUACUCUUUAAGAAAUUGAGAUGUUAAACAUUCCAAAAUAUACUCAAAAAAUUCGAGAGUAUUAAAGACAAAGCUACAGAUUCUGUUUAUUCAGCGCAAAAUUACCAAAUUUUGUUAUUUGCUUUAGUUUUUGGUGGUCAUGAAAGUAUUACAAAUUUAUGGAAUGAAAGUCAUGUGGAAUUUUGCAUGAAAACAAUUUUGAUAUCUUUCUUCUUCUGUUUUACGGCUUUUUCCCUAUAUUUUUGACAUAUUUCACAUGACUUUUCACAUUUUGAUGCAGUAGUAAACAUUUUAUUUUCUCGAGAAAGUUUAAAAGUGUAAAUAACCGAUAUUUUCUUACAAUUCACAGAUUUUAUGUAACUACUCGCUUUACGUAGUGGUUUGAAUCAUUUAUUAGAAACUUUUGUGAUAAAAGUAUAUGUAUUAUAGUGUAUAUUCCUGUUCUAAUAUAUAAUUCCUUUUGUUAGAAA